AUGUCAAACAAACCCACAUCUGAGGAGAUAGCACCUGAUACUCCUUCCCCAUUCGACCUACUAUCUUCCUAUGGAUUACAAUUAAAACAUAUUGAUACAGCAAUUGCCUUGUAUGAUUAUAAAGGAAAUCAAAGCGUGCAAUUGACUUUAAACUUGGGAGACACUGUUUAUAUUUUAGCAAAGUCUGAAACGGGCUGGUGGGAUGGUAUUGUAAUUGGAAAUAACGGUGAAUUGAAUAGAGGUUGGAUACCUUCCAAUUAUAUCAGAUCAGUGAAUUAUGUCCAACCAGUUUUGAAAAAGAUGAAGGACAAUAAAGAGUUGGAUACAAUAACUGCCGCAAAUACAGCAGCUAAUGUUUUAAUACCAUCAUUUACCAACUUUCUUCAAAAAAAUUUACUUGAAUCAGAAAAAAACACUCCUUCCAAUUCGACAAGAAAAAAUUCAGUGGUGAGUUUUGCUAGUUCAGAGACUAGUCUUCCAUCAGAAUCUAGGCAAAUAAAUCAACAACCCAGUCAAAUAGAAGAAGUUGAUGAAACCAGUCGCAAUUCAUCCACGGGAACCGACGGAUAUGAACCAGAAUAUACUCACCAUCCAUCACUUUCUCUCACGCUAUCUGGCUCAGAAGUAGAAGAUGUUGAGUUAGUUGAUGUGGAGAAAGCUGAAAAAUUGGUGGAAGAUUACAAAACAAAGAAUAAUAAAACAGUAACAUGGCUACCCAAGUAUUCUUCCAAAGGUGAUUUUGUUUUUUUUUGCCAGCAACUUAACAUUUAUUGUGAAUCAGUGCCAUUAUCUGAAUUUGAUCCUCAAUUCAUUCCUCCAAAUUUGGAAUAUGCUGAUACUGAUGCAAUUAAAAACACAUCGGUUCUACAAUUAAAAGCUUAUCCAACUACAGAGAUGGGAUUGGGACAAAGAGAAACUUCUUCAACCACUUCAUUUGAGUCGCUUAAAAGAGAUUCACAUUCAUCAGUUAGUUCACAAAGUACUCAAGCAUCUUAUCAUCAUUUUAGCAGACCAUUCUUUGCAAUGACGAAUUUAUUUUACAAGCACUCGUCAGAUAUAUCUAGUUGGACAAAACUAAAAGAGGAAAUUUUGUAUAUAUUGGAAUUAUUUGAAAAUGCUUUAUUAAAUGAUAAUGUUGAAAUGUUCAAUACCCAUUUUGCGAGAUUAAAUAAAUUAGUUGUGCUAAUAUGUGCCUCAGUAAGACUAGAUCAAGCUGAUUAUAUCGAAAGCAAAUAUGAGAAGCAAGUGACCUAUAGAUUAAAAAAAAUCUGCUCAUCCCUUUCUCAGAUUUAUGUUAAAGGCUUGUUACAUUUAAAUCGAAGCAAUUCAGGUGUCAUAAAUUUGAACACAAAAUUUGAAGACGAACCAAAUUCCAUCAGUCUAAGAAAUUCCAAAGAAACAUCAAAGGACAUUCAUUUUACCCAGGUGAAGAAUGACAUAAAUAUAUUGAAAAACAAUGCUGUAGAAAUAAUAAAUUUAUUUACGAAACUAACAGCUAAUAAGACAAUCAGUGCAAAGGAUUAUGACUCUUCCGGUGGAUCGGACGAUGAAAGUCAAGACAGAUCUGAUGUAUUACCACAAGCAUAUCCUAGGUAUUUGUCGGACGAGUUUAAUGGUGGUAAUUGGUGUAAUCCAUUUUUUUAUUCACAAAAUAGCUUUUUAAAUGUCAGUGGGAAUGAGCUCAAGAAUCGGUAUCAUUUGAAAGUUUUAUUGGACCAACAAGCAUUGGAUUCAGUUUAUCAUUAUGUAGAAGAAAUGGCUAAGGUUUCUCAAGAUGCAUUGAAUAUUUUAACAACUCAAUCCGACUCCACAGAUCCGCUAAUGGAAAAGAAUUCACUAAUUUUAAGACUUAUCUACAAAUUUCUACAUCAUUCGAGCUCCUUAAUUGAUUUGAUGGAAUCCUUUGACUUUACAGUCUUUUGUUUGGUCAAGAAAAACGAUUUCAAAGAUGAAAAUAAUAUGGAAAAACUCCGAAAAUCAGUUGCAACUUUAACUAUUGGUGAAAAUAAUGAUGCAAAUUCAAACUUAAGCUUUGACUACCCAAUAGUUUUGAAUUUUUUUCAAUUCAAACAAGAAUUUCAUAAUUUAGUGCUGAAUAUAAUCAUGGCAACUCAAUCACUGACAGAAAAUAAUGUAAGUCAAGUUAAAGAUAUAAUCAAGAACGAUCCACUAUAUUAUGAUAAAGAAAUUUUAAAAAAUUCAAGUGAAAGAACUGCCUUACUAUUGUCAAAUGUUUUGCUAAAAUCUGAAAAUCCAUCAGGUGUUGAACCCGAGAAUAAUGAUUCUUUAUUAGCUUCAUACCUAAAUGAAAGUAUUGAAGCUUGCGAAACAGUAGUGGACCUCACUCAGAAACUUAUUGAUGAACGUGAGAGUAUAUUGAAUUAUUCAACUCGUGUCAUGCAUGAUGAUUUUGAUGUACAGUUGUUGUUGCUCGAAAGAAACAAUACCAUUUCUGCGGAAAAAACUGAAGAACACUCCUAUUAUAGUGCAGGUCAAAACAAUUCUACUGAUGUACCUUGGUAUCUACAAGGGGAUGAUGAACAUGAUUUACUUUUGGAUGUUAAAGGUAAUAUCAAAGGGGGUACAAAAGAAGCAUUAGUCUCUCAUUUGACACAUCAUGACAUGUUUGAUAGUCAAUUCAAUGCCGCGUUCAUGUUGACUAUAGCUACGAUGAUGUCAAUAGGAGAAUUCAUAAUGUUAUUGAUAAACAGAUUUGAUAUAGAAGCUCCGGAGGGUUUGUCAUUCGAAGAUUAUAAUAAUUGGAUUAUGAGAAAACAAAACCCGAUAAGAUUAAGAGUAAUGAAUAUAAUGAAAUUAUUGAUUGAAAAAAAUUGGUCACCAUCGUAUUAUAAUGAAUCUGUAUUACAACGUUGGCUCAAUUUUGUUGAAUCUCCUGCUGUUCAAUCAUUUUCAAUUGGGAGAUUAUUAGCAGCUGAUUUGAAAAGAUUGAUUGUAGGUGAAUACAAGUUUGUGGAGAGAUUACCUAUAAUAUCAAAUGCAAAACCACCGGCUCCAUUGACUAAAGGUUCUUCAUUGCUGAGAAAAGUCAAAUUAUUAGAUAUAGAUUAUGUGGAAUUGGCUCGUCAAUUGACACUUCGUGAAUUUAAAUUAUAUUGUCACAUUUCUAAAUUUGCAUGUUUGGCUAAAGUUUGGGGUAAAAAAUCAGGAUUAAAUGAAAGUAUUGAAACUAUCACAUCAUUCAUAAAAGCUUCUAAUCAACUUACAAAUUUUGUUGCAUUUAUGAUUUUAAGAAAAAAUGAACCUAAAAAGAGAGUUCAAAUUAUUCGAUAUUUCAUACAAGUUGCUGAAAAAUGUCGACAAUAUAAUAAUUUUUCUUCAAUGACUGCAAUUAUUUCAGCAUUAUAUUCAUCACCUAUUCAUAGAUUAAGAAAAACUUGGAAUUUUGCAAGUCCAGAAUCUUUAGCUCAUUUAAAAAAUAUGAAUAAAUUAAUGAAUUCUUCGAGAAAUUUUAAUGAAUAUAGAGACGUUUUAAAAUUCAUUGGAUCAGAACCAUGUGUACCAUUUUUUGGAGUUUAUUUAUCUGAUUUAACUUUUGUUUUUCAUGGUAAUCCUGAUUUUUUAAUUAACAGAACUCGAAUGAUUAAUUUUUCAAAAAGAGCUAAAACUAGUGAAAUUGUUUCAGGAAUUGAUAGAUUUAAAAAUGCAGGAUAUAAUUUUCAAGAAGUUACUGAAAUUCAAAAAUAUUUAGAUUCUUGGUUUGAUAAAUGUCCUUCCAUUGAAGAACAAUACAAAAUAUCAUUAAAUAAGAGAAUUUUCCCUUAUGUUAAUAAUAAAUCCAAUAACAACAUGUCACUCAAAUUAAAUAGAAAUAAUAAAAGUCGAUAUAUCAAGACAGGCCUAAUUUCAGGAGCUGUAAUACUAGGGACUGGUUAUGUGAUUUUAAAAACUUUUCCGCAUUUAAAAACUUCCAUAUACAAUUAUGUUACUGGAAAUGAAACAAGUACAAGUGAAGAGGAAGAAAUAGAAGAAAUUGAGAAUAAAUCAGUUAUCAUUGAAAGUAAGCAUAAAAAUUUGAAGAGUGGUCAAAUAGUGAAUAAAUUUGAACCAGAGAAGAUUUUUGAUUCAAAUGAAUUGAAUAGUUCUGAGAAAUGGUCUAUACAAGAAAUCAAAGAAUGGUUAGUAAAGAAUGAGGUGAAUCCGCCAUUAAAUGCAACUGAAGAUGAAGUCAAAUUGUUGUUCCAUUCAAUAAAAUCUAAGAUACAAUCAAAGUGA